AUGAGGUGUGAGGCAGUAGCUGAGGCUCCCUCAUCCUCCUGGGACAUGAGGUGUGAGGCAGUAGUUGAGGCUCCCUCAUCCCCCGGGGACAUGAGGUGUGAGGCAGUAGUUGAGGCUCCCUCAUCCCCCGGGGACAUGAGGUGUGAGGCAGUAGUUGAGGCUCCCUCAUCCCCCGGGGACAUGAGGUGUGAGGCAGUAGCCGAAGCUCCCUCAUCCCCCGGGGACAUGAGGUGUGAGGCAGUAGCCGAAGCUCCCUCAUCCCCCUGGGACAUGAGGUGUGAGGCAGUAGUUGAGGCUCCCUCAUCCUCCUGGGACAUAAGGUGUGAGGCAGUAGCCGAGGCUCCCUCAUCCCCCUGGAACAUGAGGUGUGAGGCAGUAGCCGAGGCUCCCCCAUUCCCCCGGGGACAUGAGGUGUGA